UGGGAGGUUUUCAUCCUGAAUGUGAAUAUGUUGUUCCACUUGUGGCUUCUCUGUGGCCUGAGUGCUGUUGUGACCCCUCAGAAUGUCAUCACACAAGAAGCCCAAAAGUUUUUAGAAGAUUUUAACGAGAGGGCAGAAGAUAUCAGCUAUGAGAACUCCCUUGCCUCAUGGGACUACAACACCAACAUCACUGAGGAGAAUGCCAACAAAAUGAGCGAGGCGGGCGCCAGGUGGUCYGCGUUUUACGAGGAGGCCUCCAGGAACGCCAGCCGCUUCCCAGUGGACAGCAUCACGGAUGACCUCGUCAAGCUGCAGAUCCAGACCCUCCAGGAGAGAGGAUCAUCUGUGCUGUCACCAGAAAAAUACAACAGGCUGGGCACUGUGCUGAAUACCAUGAGUACCAUCUACAGCACUGGGACCGUCUGUAAAAUCAACAAUCCAUCUGAGUGUUUGGUGCUGGAGCCAGGUCUGGAUGCUAUUAUGGCUGACAGCACUGAUUAYCAUGAGAGACUGUGGGCCUGGGAAGGCUGGAGAGCUGAUGUUGGCAGAAUGAUGAGACCAUUAUAUGAAGAGUAUGUUGAACUUGAAAAUGAGGUUGCAAGGCUGAACAAUUAUUCUGACUAUGGAGACUACUGGAGAGCAAAUUAUGAAGCCAAGUCUCCAGAAAAUUACAAAUACAGCCGUGACCAGCUGAUUGAAGAUGUGGAGAAGACAUUUGAGCAGAUAAAGCCUCUGUACGAGCAGCUGCACGCCUACGUGAGACACAAGCUGGRGCAGGUGUAUGGCCCCGAGCUCAUCAACCCCACAGGAUGCCUCCCUGCUCACUUGCUGGGUGAUAUGUGGGGUAGGUUUUGGACCAAUCUGUAUGCCUUGACUGUUCCCUAUCCAGCCAAACCGAACAUUGAUGUAACUUCUGCAAUGGUUGACAAGAAAUGGGAUGCAAUUAAAAUAUUCGAAGCUGCUGAGGCCUUCUUUGUUUCCAUUGGCCUUAAAAACAUGACUGAGGGCUUCUGGGCAAACUCCAUGCUCAUAGAGCCCACUGACAACAGGAAGGUUGUCUGCCAUCCUACAGCGUGGGACCUGGGCAGAGGCGAUUACAGGAUCAAGAUGUGCACCAAAGUGACCAUGGAUGACUUCCUGACCGCUCACCACGAGAUGGGCCACAUUGAGUACGACAUGGAGUACGCGGUGCAGCCCUACCUGCUCAGGAGCGGCGCCAACGAGGGCUUCCACGAGGCUGUAGGAGAAAUUAUGUCCCUUUCUGCAGCCACACCUCAGCACUUGAAAUCUCUUGAUCUCCUAGAGCCCACCUUCCAAGAUGAUGAAGAAACCGAAAUCAACUUUCUGCUCAAACAAGCACUAACRAUUGUUGGAACAAUGCCUUUUACUUACAUGCUGGAGAAGUGGAGGUGGAUGGUGUUCAGGGGUGAGAUCACAAAGCAGGAAUGGACCAAGCGGUGGUGGGAGAUGAAGAGAGAAAUAGUUGGUGUUGUGGAACCAGUUCCUCAUGAUGAAACCUACUGUGACCCCGCUGCGCUGUUUCACGUGGCCAAUGACUACUCCUUCAUAAGGUAUUAUACCCGAACCAUCUAUCAGUUCCAGUUUCAGGAGGCACUUUGCAAGGAAGCCAACCAUAGUGGCCCUCUUCACAAAUGUGACAUUACCAACUCCACUGCAGCUGGUCAGAAACUCAGAAAAUUGCUGGCAUUAGGGAGAUCCAAGCCCUGGACUGAAGCACUGGAAAGUGUAACAGGAGAAAAAUACAUGAAUGCAGCUCCCUUGCUCCACUACUUUGAACCUUUAUAUGAGUGGCUGAAAAAAACCAAUUCUGACCAAUUCAUUGGCUGGAAAACGGACUGGGCUCCACAUUCUGACGAUGCCAUCAAAGUGCGCAUCAGCCUGAAGUCAGCUCUGGGAGACGAKGCGUAUGAAUGGGAUGAAAGUGAGCUCUUCUUGUUCAAGUCAUCCGUYGCCUACGCCAUGAGGAAAUACUUCGCAGAGGAGAAGAAACAAGAUGUUGAUUUCCAAAUUACAGACAUUCAUGUCGGGGGACAGACUCAAAGGAUCUCCUUCUACCUUACUGUCAGCAUGCCAGGUAAUAUCAGUGAUGUUGUGCCCAAAGCUGAUGUGGAAAAUGCCAUCAGGAUGUCUCGGGGACGAAUCAAUGAGGCUUUCAGACUGGAUGAUAACACGCUGGAGUUUGUGGGAAUACUUCCAACCCUGGCAGCACCCUAUGAACCCCCAGUCACCAUCUGGUUAAUUGUAUUUGGGGUGGUCAUUAGUUUGGUUGUCAUUGGAGCKAUUGCCCUGAUCAUCACCGGGCAAAGAGAUCGCAAAAAGAGAGCAAAGCAAAGUAGAGGUGAAGCAGGAUCAAACGGUGGAGAGGUGAACCCUUAUGGUGAAGAGGGAAGAAGCAACCUGGGCUUUGAGUCAGCUGAAGAAACACAAACAUCAUUUUAAAAGGUGUGGGUACACUAAG